CAUGGACUAUAAGUGUUGCACAGAGGAGAGAAAGGGAGGAGGAAUUGUCCAAGGCGCGCAUGUAAGGCAGGAGCUGAUUUAUCCAGCCUUUGUGGGCCACACCAGACAACAGUUAGAAACUGCAAUUAAUAUAUACCACUCAUCCAGCUUUCUUUUUUCACCAUACCUUUAGUUUCAUUCAACUAACUUUUUUGGUUUUGUUCGAGAGCACCUGCCCGGAGCAUACAGCGGUACACCCGCCUCCUCAUUGCGGGGAUCGGGAGUUGGACUACCCAGCUGCGCAGGAGAGCUCCCCUGCAAAAACGCGUCAUGGGGUACAGGAGAAUCACUGCCGCUUUUUGCAUGUACACCUGAGGGAUUUUGUGGAUUUACAACGCGGCUUUCAAAAGAAAAAUAAGACUCUUUAUUUAAUCGCUUCAAGAAACUUUUUGCCAGUCACCUUGGAGUUAUAAGCCUCUGCGAGCGACCCGUUUUUUUUAUUCUAACACACGGUUUUGGUUUUGGUGAAGAGCUGACAGGAUGGUCUCAUCCAACUGCUUCAAAUUGUUCGCUGUCAUCUUGUGUUGGUCAUCACUCACAAAUGGGCAUUUGGAGAGAGAGCACUUUCCUAAGAUUCAGCCCUCUCAGAAUACCCUCAUGGUGGAUGAUUUGUUGAACCUCGUAUGCAGAGGUCAUGGCCCGCUGCAUUGGAAACUUGCCAAUCACCGACGAUCGAUUUCAUCGGACGGAGUGAAGGUGGAGCAGUGCAAUUCCAAACAUCCCUCUCACUUAAACUGCAGCAAACUGAUAGUCACAGACUUGAGUGCCAAUGACACUGGGAGGUACAGCUGUAAAGAUGGCUCAGAUCGCAUCACCUCAACCUAUGUCUAUGUCGAAGAUCCUGAGCAACCAUUUGUGGAGCCCUUUAUUUCAACACCUCUCAUCCUGGGCAUCUACAGGUCUGAGACCAGCCUCACGAUCCCCUGCCGGACCUCAUCUCCUGAUACUGUUGUAACACUGACAGGGUUCCCACCUUUAUCAGAGGAAGUUGUCAAGAACAUGGUAUGGGAUCCAAAGGUGGGAUUCAAGAUUCCCUAUGGUCCCUACACUAUGUACAAUACGCUCACCUGUAACACUGUGGUCAACGGUCGUGAGUUCAAGUCACUGUACAUCCCUCACAGGCAUACUCUUGUUCUCAAUAAUGUGAAAAUCACCCCAGAGCGUGUCAGAUUGUUGGUUGGAGAAACCCUCAUCCUCAACUGUACUGGCGAGACCACCUAUAAUGGUAGAAUCAACUUCACAUGGGAUUUUCCAAAGAAGAGAGAAAAUCGACAUUAUACACCCAAGACUAAAGACAACCCGGCUAGGGUCCUUAUGAUGAGCAAGGGUUUAGUGUUGCCAAACGUUACCAUGGAGGAUAAAGGGUUAUACCGCUGCAAAGCUGAGAUUGAACCUACAAGACACAAGAAUGCUACAGCAAAAGUCCUUGUCUUUGAGCAUCCAUUCCUAAACGUCUCCUAUAGGCAUGAGCGGCCGAGUACAGUGACCGUCAAAGAAGGAAGAAAAAAGCUUGUGUUUGAGCCCAAGGUCAACGCUCUGCCCCCACCAGACAUGGUAGCAUGGUUUAAGGAUGGGGUGCCUCUAAACACAACUUCCACCUGUUACAAGAUGUCGGGUUUCAGCUUGAUUAUCAUUGAUGUGCAGCAGAAGCAUGCUGGGGUCUUCACCAUAAGCCUGGGCAACCAAGCAAAGGGCUUGUACAAGAAUCUGAGCUACACUCUGGUAGUCACCGUGAAGCCAAGUAUUUCGGAGGCGGAGCUUGCCACUGUAGACGUGCAGCCCUACAUGCUUGGCAAGCAUCCACAGCUAACCUGCACAGCCAGUGGGGUGCCCUUGCCAACCAUCACUUGGUACUGGCAGCCGUGUCACCCAAAUGCUACGUUUAAAAAUUGCAUUGCUGACACUGAGCCAACCCUGGUCAGCACUGAUGACAGGGGAAAUCACUCCCACAACUGGAUUAAGAGCAUAAGCAUCAAGCCUGAACUGGUUAAAGGAAUAAACAAGACUGUGAGUACCCUGGUGAUUGGAGAAGCCAGCGUGUCAGGAGAGUACUCCUGUGUGGCCCAGAAUGAGGAUGGCGUCAGCAAUAUGUCGAUCCCUUUCUAUGUUGCUGAUAACCCUGACGAGGUUACCAUUGAACCUCGGACAGCCAUCGAGGGGGAUAACGUUACCCUGACCUGUCGGGCAGCGCGCUACCUCUACACAGACCUGAAGUGGUUGGGUUCCGCAAAUCAAACGAUCACCACCAACGUGUCCAGUCUCAAGCUCAGCCGCUACUCCAUUUCCCUGUCUCUCCAUCUUCAUAAUGUCUCUCAAAACAGCACCAGGGGGUACAAGUGCAAAGCAUACCGUCUUAACGAGAGGGUUGAACUCAAGACUGCUGCACUUACUGUGGAUGUGAGAAAACGUCCCUGGCUGAGUCAAAAUCUGACUAAUCAGGAUGUGAACAGUAGCAGCACCUUGAUGCUGGCUUGUUUCGCUCAGGGAGUUCCUCGUCCCUUCAUCGUGUGGCACAAAAACGGUGUUCAAGUGAAACAAGGCCCAGGUAUCACACUGGGAGAAGACGGCACUCUGACCAUUGAGAGGGUGAAGAAGGAUGAUGAGGGACUGUAUGAAUGUAUAGCCAAAAAUGAUGAGGGUUCCGCAAAAGCAAGUGCUGUUGUUACUGUGCUCGGGGAUGAAGGGAAGCCAAACAUUGAGGUAAUAAUUCUGGUGUGUACAGGAGCUGCAGCCACAUUCCUCUGGCUCAUGCUUAUCCUCUUCAUCCGCAAGCUAAGGAAGCAACCAGCCCACUAUAAGAUGGGCCCAUCUAUUAUCAUUGACCCUGAUGAGUGUCCCCUCGAGGAGCAGAAUGAUCUUCUUCAGUAUGACAGCAGCAAAUGGGAGUUUCCCCGUGACCGCUUGAGACUAGGCAAAACUCUUGGCCACGGAGCUUUUGGAAAAGUGGUGGAGGCCUCUGCCUUUGGGAUCGACAAGCUCUCAACCUGCAAGACUGUUGCUGUCAAAAUGCUGAAAGGAGGCGCUACGUCAAAUGAGCGCAAAGCUCUGAUGUCAGAGUUAAAGAUCCUGAUCCACAUUGGCCAUCACCUGAAUGUGGUCAACCUGCUGGGAGCCUGCACGAAGCCUGGAGGUCCAUUGAUGAUGAUAGUGGAGUUCUGCAAGUAUGGCAACUUGUCCAACUAUUUGAGAGGCAAGAGAGAUGACUUCAUUGUCUACAAGAGGCAGGACGGCAAGGUGGUGUCGUCGGGAUCAUCCUGCGAGCUGAGCGAGCUGAUGAAGCGCCGCCUGGAGAGCGUGGCCAGCACCGGAAGCUCAGCAAGCUCUGGGUUCAUCGAAGAUAAGAGCUACUGCGACUCAGAGGAAGAGGAAGAAGAAUCUGAGGACUUAUAUAAGAGAGUCCUGACACUGGAAGAUUUAAUCUGCUACAGUUUCCAAGUUGCAAAAGGCAUGGAGUUCUUGGCUUCACGCAAGUGCAUCCACCGUGAUCUUGCUGCACGAAACAUACUGCUCUCUGAGAAUAAUGUUGUGAAGAUUUGUGAUUUUGGACUCGCCAGAGACAUCUACAAAGACCCGGAUUAUGUGCGCAAAGGAGAUGCUAGACUGCCGCUCAAGUGGAUGGCACCUGAGGCCAUUUUUGACAAGAUCUACACAACUCAGAGUGACGUUUGGUCGUUUGGUGUUCUCAUGUGGGAGAUCUUCUCUCUGGGUGCCUCUCCGUACCCUGGUGUACAAAUUGAUGAAGAAUUUUGUUGCAGGCUGAAAGAGGGGACAAGGAUGAGAGCGCCAGAAUAUGCUUCCUCUGAAAUAUAUCAGACCAUGUUGGACUGCUGGCAUGGGGAGCCACAGGAGCGACCCACCUUCACUGAGCUGGUGGAAAGACUGGGAGACCUGCUUCAGGCCAGCGUGCAACAGGAGGGAAAGCACUACAUACCCAUCAACACGGCCCUGCUGGCUAAGGUAGGAGACCCGUCCACCACGGUGCUGUCAGAGGAGACACCCUCGCGACCCAUCUCCCACCGCGACUCAGGGAGCACCUGGAACAUCAAGAUCCGUCCUGCUAGUGUGAAAACCUUCGACGAGGUUAUCAUGGAGAACGGGACAAACGAGAACCACGGGGGCGGCCAGUCAGACAGCGGGAUGGGGCUCUCCUCUGACAACAUGAAGACACUGAAACGCCUUGAAUCUUUGGCAGGUCGACCUCUGAGCAUCAUGGCUCUGGCGAUGAAGGCAGUGAGUAAGAGUAAAGAGUCUGUGCUAAGUGACUCAGAGAAGGAGAAGUUCCCCCCCACCGUUCCUUCUCUGGACUUCAGCCUGGACGACUCAGCCCUCGAUGACUCGGCCUUGGACGCCGGCCUGGAGUGUCACAGCCCGCCACCUGACUACAACUAUGUGGUGCGCUACUCCACCCCACCUGUGUAACCUCCUGCUCUGCGCACCCCCACCCCCCCCUCCCCGGAGAAUCUGACUUGGCAGCCUCGAGGCCUCUGCUUUGUUCUCCUCUUUGUUCUGACUCUUAUCUCUGGACUGUCCCGUAGCAACGUUUGAGAGGAAAACCCUUGAGAUUCCCUCUUAAAGAGUUUAGAAAGAACGCUCUGAAACGACUCGUGAAUCUACUCGACUGUAACAUUCUGCAUCUUCCAACUUCCAGGGCGUCUGCAGCGCAACAAAAGGAAACCUGUAGACUGUUGAUUCCUUUCCAGUUUUCAGACGUAGGCUGACGUUAAUGCUGCUGGUCCGUUCCACAUUCACUGUGAUAUGUCAAACAGCUGAAAACAGGCUCAGGUAUUUCUUUGAUCUACUGUGAAAACAAAACCCACAAUGAUUCCAACUUUACCACAGAUCUGCACAAGCUACAACCGUUUACGACGAAGAAUAGGAUCCAGAAAAGACAGACAGGAUAGAUGAGUUUUUUCCAGUUUAUACUGAGACUAUAAAAUUUAAAACAGAAAAAAUAUUAGUAAAGUAAAGAUAAAGAGAAGCUCUUUUGGUAGUGUAGCUACUUUUGACCUAAGUUCAGUUUGGCUUAAAACAAAAAAGCAGAUGAAAAACAAAAUAACAUUAAUUCAAAAGUAUGAAAAGUCUCUUAUUUGAGUUGUCAUUGCUCCUGUAUUUUCAUAAACAAAAUAUCAGCUUAAUUAACUCAGGUUGACCCGGAGUGACAGAGGGGAGGAGUGCUCUGUCAUGUAAUGGUGGAUGUUUUUUAAGCUCUCCAGACUCAGAGUCAGACCAGAAGGCUUGAGAUUUAUUUAACAUUAUUACACCUCAACCAUGAAAAGUAUUUAAAAGACGAGUUACUUUUAUAAUCAGAUUCCUCCUCCUGCCCCUAAUUUGUUUGGUUAAACUAAAAAGAAAUGAGAGGGAAAACAGAUUUGUUUAUUUUCUUUUGAGUUAGAAACAUGAGAUUAGAACAAGAAGAAACAGUUUAUUCAGAAAGCACUAGUAAAAUAAAUUGUCUAUUUAUUUAGAUUGUAAACACUUUGUCACUUAGUGUUCACCUGAUUUAAAAGUUAACCAAAGGAUUUUCCAGCUCAGUCUUCCUGACAUCAACACACAACAUUUUUAAUUCCACACUUACAUGCUGUUUGUGCUGCUGUAUUCACAGAUACUAAAGCUGAGGGAAUCUGCUUCUGUAGAAACAUGUAUGUGGAUAUUCUCCGUCCUUCGUCUUGUGCUAAGUGCUAGUAAAGCUUGCAGGGCAGGCUACAAAAACUCUACAUGUGUGUGAAGUUAGCACCAGUCUGCUCUGGUUCACUGGUAUUUGUUGACAUGUAAAAGCCUCCUCGUGUUAACAGCAUUUUCGAGCAGUUUAUUUGUGAUACAGUCCUGUAUUGAACACACCAUUGACCAAACCUUCAUUCAUGCUCACGUCACUGUACACACACCCUGUAGAGAUGCGGCUAGCUUGUGCAUGAAGUGGAUAUAUUAAACCCCAAAUGAUGUUUUAUGUGUGGACCAAUAUGUUUUGUGUAUGUGGACAGGAAGUGAUUAUGCACUGAUACUUUAUAUCAAGUAUAAUUUUUGUAUUCUAAAGGUAUAUUAUUAUGAAACAGUGUUGAGGGUCACAUGUUACAAAGAUUUCUGAUUUUAUUUUACGUUUUUAUUUAACUCUUAACUUUAGUACAUAGUAGGAAAUUAAUGUUUGCAGUAUUUGUUGUAUUAUUUCUUGCCAUUCUAACACCAUCAUGUUCAGUUCUUAUAAUCAUGUGUUAAAGUUAAAGCUUGGUUCUGUUAUUUUAGUCACCAUCAUAAUAAUAAGCUGAAUGCAAAGAGAAACUAAUAGUGUUUGGAUUUUAUUGCCUCAUAGUAUCAUCAUGAUUAAUGAUUCUUGCAGCAGCUCAAACCAUCUUCUUAACUUUUUCUGUUUUGUUUAUGUAGAGUAACAAGUUAGUUUAAUGAAAGUAUUGUUCCCCAACACUGUUAACUGAGUAUAUGAAGUAAAUAAAUGAAUAAAGAUCUAUAUAUUUAUACAUUA